AUGUGGAUAGCGAUGUUGAUCGCGAUGCUGGUCGUUUGGGCAGUUGCAGACGGCGCCCCGGUUUACUCUGGUAGUAUGGAAGAGGGGCAGACCAUCGCAUACAUCUCCGACGUUGGCGCCCAACAUCUCAAACCCCUGUUCGUGGCCGGCAGCGUGGUGACAGUCGUGUUUCUUGAUCUUGCGUUCCUGGCUGAGAGAUGGUUGCGACACGCGGGUCAAUUGGUGCCGAAUAAGGGUCGUUUCGACAAGGCGUGUGCUAUUGGGUCUAUCUUUUUCUCGAUCGCCGGUGCGCUGGGGUUGAUCUUGUUGUCAUGCUUUGAUACUCUGCGGCAUCCGAAUAAGCAUGAAGGAUUCCUUGCUAUGUUCCUUGCUGGAUACAUUAUUAGCGCCAUCCUGAUUUGCGCCGAAUAUCUCCGUCUAGGUCUCUUUUACCGCUCGCAGCACCGGGUUUUGUUCGCUAGUUUCGUGAUGAAAUUAACUUUCAUCAUUGUCGAGAUUGCCCUUGCUAUUGCGUUCGGUGUUACCGGAAAGCACAAGAACCAGAGGAACGCGUCUGCUGUUCUUGAGUGGGUCAUUGCUUUCAUUUUCACCGGCUACGUCCUCUCCUUCGUCGUCGACUUGCUCCCCUCCGUCCGCACCCGUCGUCAUGUCCCUCAAGGCCACAAGCAGAUUGCAAUGACACAGAUGGGGUCCAACACUACAAGUGUCCCGGCAAAUGACAAUGCUGUUAUCGAGGAGCCCUUAACGAUGGACUCGACAGGACCUGCCGCCGGAUACUACCGUGGCCAGCGGAUCUAA